UGCUCUCCGUGACUGUCACCACAGAGAAAUGGCGCGUUGUCAGAGGAGGAUGGUGGCGGCCGUAACCGUACUGUUGCUGGCAUGUGGGGGACUCGUUUAUGCCGAGGAAACCACACCUAAACCGACUGCUGAAGCCGCGGGAGCCAAUUGGGGAUACUAUCGCCCAUACCCUUAUCCAUUCGGCUACCAACAAGGAUACCAGCAAUACCAACCAAUAGUAACUGUCACAACAGCGAGUUGGGGACCGUGGUCGGACUGGAGUGAUUGCUACUGCAACUUUCAAUAUCGCAUGCGCCAGUGCAGCAAUCCUUUCAGUGUGGGCCAGAGCGGCUGUACGGGGGCGGGUGUCGAAACCCGGCGAUGUGUCGGCGUAGGUGCUGGCACCAACUGCCCCGCUCUAACUUAAUAACACAAAUACGACUACGAUUCUUGUUUGACUUGAGGAUUUUAUGUUAGCGGUGCAAAUGAAAGCAAAAGCAUGAAGAUUAUAAUUUGGAUUUUAUUCGAGAGAGACAUUGGUCUUGAAGAAUAAGUAAAAUGGUCAAGUAAACUUAAUUGUGGCGUUUUUGAGAUCAUAGUAAGCUUUGUAGUGAGAACGGAGGAUUUGCUGUUCCGUUUAAGUUAGUCGAUUUUUUUCUCUUUUGUGCUUAAUGUGUUAAUGUCAGAAUUAACAGAUGGAUGAUUAUUCAUGAUGGAAAACGUCUAAAAAAGAACUGUGACAAAUGUUGCAAAACUAAGUGGAUGUCUUCAAAGUCAAAGAUCAAACUUAACGUAAACUAUGUGCCGACAUUUGAAAACCGUCAAAUAUGGUAUGAGAAUAAUC